AUGCUACAGAUUGCCAUUGCAACCGAGAAAUGUCAACGGGUGCAACAUUUUAACACAAACAAACUGCAGGAGUUGUUGCUACAACAUCUUACUUUUAAAAAGUCAGUCAGUCAGUCCCCCAGUCAGUCAGUCAGUCAGUCCCCCAGUCAGUCAGUCAGUCAGUCAAGUCAGUCCCUCAGUCAGUCAGUCAGUCAGUCAGUCAGUCAGUCAGUCAGUCAGUCCCCCAGUCAGUCAGUCGUCAGUCAGUCCCCCAGUCAGUCAGUCCCCCAGUCAGUCAGUCAGUCAGUCCCCCAGUCAGUCAGUCAGUCCCCCAGUCAGUCAUCAGUCAGUCAGUCCCCCAGUCAGUCAGUCAGUCAGUCCCCCAGUCAGUCAGUCAGUCAGUCCCCCUGUCAGUCAGUCAGUCAGUCCCCCUGUCAGUCAGUCAGUCAGUCCCCCUGUCAGUCAUCAGUCAGUCAGUCCCCCUGUCAGUCAGUCAGUCAGUCAGUCAGUCCCCCUGUCAGUCAGUCAGUCAGUCAGUCAGUCCCCCUGUCAGUCAGUCAGUCAGUCCCCCUGUCAUCAGUCAGUCAGUCCCCCUGUCAGUCAGUCAGUCAGUCCCCCUGUCAGUCAUCAGUCAGUCAGUCCCCCUGUCAGUCAGUCAGUCAGUCCCCCUGUCAGUCAGUCAGUCAG